AUGCCUCGCUCCGUCCCCCAGUUUCGCUCCUCAUCACGAGGGGAAGGGGACUAUAACGAUCCAGAAAUGACCCCCACAACUCGCACAGCGCCUCCUUCCCCAACCGCCUACCGAAGAUCGCAAAGUUACCUCUCCGAACCACAUACCGGCUACCAGUCACUAGAGGCCCAGCUAGACAUCAACGAAAACACCAGCUUACUAGGAUCCGAAGCUCAGCGAAGGAUCCCUCGCCGUUCAUAUACCAGCGCCUCCGGUAUCUCCGGUCCCGACUCUCUGCGAUAUUUACUCGCGACAGGCAGUCUACGCCGGACCCGGAAUCAUAGCAGAGCGAACUCGCAGAGUCGACGGCUCAGUCGACGACCGAGUGUCAACGCAGACGACCCGGAGAGUAGGCCAGUCAGUGUGCCGCCUUCCACCAAAGACGGCUUGACCGCUUCUUCCUUCCUCGAUGAGCGGACUUGGUAUGACCAAUUUACAUCCACAGAUUGGGUGCAUGACAGUAUCGCCGAUGGAGUACGUCUACGACAGCUUCGGCAGCGGAAAGAUAUUAGGGGGCGAUUGCUAGCAUGGUUUGACGGCGCACAAGGAUGGGUCCUCGUGGCGCUCAUUGGAUGCAUCACAGCUGCCAUAGCUUACUUCGUUGAUAUCACCGAGGACGCGAUCUUCGACUUGAAGUUUGGAUUCUGCUCUUCGCAUCUGUUUUCUAGUCAUACCCACUGCAGCCCUGGCCGCUGGCGAACGUGGUCACAACUAUUCAAAUCCUCUGCCGAUGACAAUGAACCAAUCGACUUCGUCAUGUUUGUUGCUUGGAGCGUAGGCCUCUCCGCUAUCGCCUGUGCUCUCACAUUGCUCACGAAGACGGUUGUUCCAUCAUCAAUCCACUUGACCACGCUGGAUGAGAAUCUUGGCGCGGAGUCGCGAGGCACCAAACCAAAUACUGGCAGUGCCGGGACCGGAUCUCCUUCGUCUGAUUCGACCCCUCACGGAACCUUCCCCAACAAUCCGGCACAGCCGGCUAUGAUCUAUUAUUCGGCUGCUGGUAGUGGCGUGGCUGAGGUGAAAGUCAUCAAUAGUGGCUUCGUGCUUCAUGGCUAUCUCGGCCUGAAGACUUUGGUUAUCAAGACGAUUGCCCUUAUCUUCAGUAUUUCAUCUGGUCUGAGCUUAGGCAAAGAAGGCCCGUAUGUUCACAUCGCCACUUGUGUGGGUAACAUUUGCUGCCGUCUGUUCGCAAAGUACAACCAAAAUGAUGGUAAAAGGCGAGAGGUUUUGAGUGCCAGUGCCGCCAGUGGCGUAGCAGUCGCUUUCGGCGCACCAAUCGGCGGUGUCCUCUUCAGUUUAGAAGAGGUCAGCUAUUACUUUCCGCCAAAGACCCUAUUCAGAACAUUCUUCUGCUGCAUUGCGGCAGCCUUGUCCCUGAAGUUUCUUAACCCAUACGGCACCGGGAAGAUUGUCCUGUUUCAAGUUCGAUAUCUAUCAGACUGGGAGUUUUUUGAGGUUUUCAUCUUCAUCUUUCUCGGCAUUAUGGGUGGUGCACUAGGUGCACUGUUCAUUAAAGCGUCCAGUUGGUGGGCUCGGUCUUUCCGUCGCAUCCCGCUCAUCAAACGCUCUCCCAUGUUUGAGGUUGUGCUCGUCGCAUUGGUCACCGGUUUGAUUAGCUUCUGGAAUCGAUACACCAAGUUACCGGUUACUGAACUCCUCUUUGAGCUCACAACCCCUUGUACAGGAGAAUCGAGGUCACGCACCGGCCUAUGUCCUCAAGAAGACAAUAUCCUUGAAGUCGUGCAAUAUCUUCUCGGUGCCUUUGUGAUUAAGAGCUUCUUGACUGUAGUCACAUUUGGGAUCAAGGUCCCUGCCGGCAUCUACGUUCCCUCCAUGGUUGUGGGCGGCCUGAUGGGCCGCAUUGUUGGACAUGUGGUUCAAUACUGGGCAGCAAAGAAUCCAACCAUGUUCCUAUUCAACUCCUGUGACAUCAGUGGAAUGGAAUCAUGCGUUACCCCGGGUGUGUAUGCAUUGGUCGCCGCCGGAGCUACAAUGUGUGGCGUUACACGCCUGUCGGUAACCCUCGCCGUCAUUCUCUUCGAGCUCACGGGAAGUCUGGACCAUGUGCUCCCUUUCUCUCUGGCAAUCCUCUGCGCCAAGUGGACUGCUGAUGCCAUCGAGCCACGCAGCAUCUAUGACUUCCUCACCGACAUGAACGCCUAUCCCUUCCUGGAUAGCAAAUUACAACCUAUUUCCGAUGCCGAGUUAGGAGAUAUCGUUCGGCCCGCUCGAAAGAAGCGUACCAUUGACAUCUCCGGCUCCCCCUUCGUUCCAGCUUCGGAACUCCGCUCAAAACUCGAAGAUUUGCUGAUGGCUGGCGAGCUGGACAGCGGUCUUCCCAUUCUACGGGAUGGCGUCCUCACCGGGUUAAUCCCGGCACCAGACCUAGAAUAUGCUCUUGAUACUCUCGGCGCGGAUGAAGAUCACACAAUCUGCCUAAUGUCGAUGGACUCUUCCAUCGCAAUCUAUGACAGCGAGAAUGAAGAUCUCCUGCAGGACGACUUCACUCGUUAUAUUGACCCAUCUCCUAUCGCCCUUGAUGUCCACUCUCCUAUCGAUCUUGUCUACCAAUGCUUCGCCAAGCUUGGUCUCCGCUACCUCUGCGUCCUACAAAAUGGACAAUAUGUUGGUCUCGUACAUAAGAAGUCUUUUGUGAAAUACAUGAAGACGAACGAAUAA